UGCAUGCAGGCAUGAUGGAUGUGAUACUAUUGACCUCGAAUUUCCUUUAUUCUAAUUCACUUGAUAAUAUAGAAAAAAUCGUGAACGAAGUAUCCGUCAUGCGCUUCCUCACCGACCAGACCACCAUCCCCGUCCCAUUCAUCCUGCACUCAGGAACCAAGCAAGAGAGCCCUCUCGCAUUGAGCCCAUUCAUCCCCAUGGAGUACAUCGAGCACGAGACAAAAAUGAACGAUCCGCUCAACACCCCCGGUCUUCCCAGAGAGCAACGCGGGGUGCUCGACCCCGACAUCGCAGAGGAUAAGCUGAGGAGACUGUACGCCCAGAUGGCCGACGUCCUACUACAACUCUCCCUUCCUGCCCUCCCGCGAACAGCGCCUCACCACUCCAGCACUGGAGAACGGCCCCUUCCAUCUCUGCCGGGGUGGUCGACUUGGGAGCUCACCUACGCUGCCCCCGUGCAAUUCUCCCACGCUCCGCCGUGGUGGCUUCUGAUCGAGCGGCCCGAGGAAUGGGCCGGGGGGGUUGAGGAGUGGACUCGGGUGUUUGAGGCCCGGCCGCGCACGUUCCUACAAGUUAUGCAGGAGGGCGAGGGUCAAAAGAUCCAGCGGGGUCGGUUGCACGAGGGGCAGAGGUUGUCCGGUGCGAUGCGGCGGAGCUGGGAGGGUGGGGACUUCUGGGUACUGUAUGCGCUGCGGAAUAGCUUUGCGUUUGAUCUGGUUUAUUGGUUGAAGAUUGAUGAGAGGUUUUGGGGCUUAGUGGACGAGGGUUAG